UCGAUUAAACUUCGUAUAUCUUACCCAAUAGCGAUAUUGGGUGAUAACUUAUCAUGUGCUAUGACGCGACGAUAUAUUUUAAAGUUCUCUUAAGAUAAGCGACUGUGUAGUGAUUAAAUUUAUAUUGUGCACGGUUGGAGAAUGUGUGCGCACUGACGUUCUCGCUGAAGGAAAACUUAUUACCGUUACGUAGUGCUCUUUUACUAUGUCGUUAUUUAAGAAGAAGGCACCUAAAUACACUCCACCACCAGUGCCACAGUUGCCCCCGGAGGACCCUCACCAGCAAGCUAAUGGAGUGGAUAACAACAAUGGAUCCCAAAAGUCACAGUUGGUUUUUCACUGUCAGCAGGCGCACGGGAGUCCCCUCGGACUCAUCUCUGGAUUUUCUAAUGUUAAGGAACUUUACCAAAAGAUAGCAGAAUGUUACGACUUUCCACCAGACGAGAUUCUCUUUUGUACGCUGAAUACUCACAAAGUGGAUAUGAAGAAACUUCUGGGCGGACAAAUAGGAUUAGAAGAUUUCAUAUUUGCACAUAGAAAAGGACGACCUAAAGAAAUAGAAAUCGUAAAAACUGAAGAUGCUUUGGGAUUGACAAUAACAGACAACGGUGCUGGAUAUGCCUUUAUAAAGCGGAUAAAAGAGGGAUCAAUAGUAGCCAAAAUACCCCACAUUGAGGUUGGAGACCACAUUGAGAAGCUGGAUGGAGAAAAUAUGGUCGGCAAAAGACAUUAUGAGGUGGCUAAGAUAUUAAAGGACAUACCAAAAGGAACAACUUUUACAAUUCGUUUGGUUGAACCAUUAAAAAGUGGUUUCGCAAGUAUCGGGCCAAAAACAAGCGGUGCAAAAUCUGGAAGAAAUAAAAGUUAUGGUUCCGGCAAAGAAACAUUACGGUUUAAAGCCAAUGGUCAAGCAACAAUAGAAAACGACCACGACGAAAGCUCAAAAGCAGGGAUUGAGAAAAUCAACGGACUAUUGGAGUCGUUUAUGGGCAUUAAUGAUUCCGAACUAGCUUCGCAAAUGUGGGAUCUUGCUGAAGGAAAAACUAACUCAAUGCAACUAGCAGACGCCAUUGAUAAUAGUGACUUACAAGAAUUUGGAUUUACGGACGAAUUCAUUAUUGAAUUGUGGGGUGUUAUAACUGACGCUAGAUCUGGUAGACUCAGCUAAAAACUAAGUGCCUACAUAUAUUUAGUUUAUGAACACGAAUAUUUAUGUAGAUAAAUGCUAUAGCAAAACAUAGAUAUACAUUGUAAAUUAUUACUUAAUUAAAGACUCUUAAGUAACGGUAAACGACCUGCUUUCGAGUGACUACUUACAUACAUUUUAUUUUAAACCUCACUUAGACGGUUUCUUCAUGUGUUAGAAAGGAAACAUUGAUAUUUUGGUAAACCGAUGUUCUGAUAUUAUUAGAUAUACACCUUAAGUUCCUACCAUAACCGGUAUGGCAUGGAAAUAGUUGAAGGUUCCACAUGUUGUAAAAGCAAACAAAAAAUACUGCACACAUAGGUAAGGUAUACACACGAGUGGUUACUGGUACCGCUAACAAGUUCCACGUGGUGCAUUCUUUAAUAUUAAAAUUACCUUUAAUUGUAUGUAGAUAGAUACAUAUUAUGGAUUACCUAUCUAUAAUUACUAUCAUAUCAGCGCGACAGCGUCGAUUAGGUAUCUGAAAGAUUUAGGAAAUGACAUGACUAAGGCGAAAUCCAAAUUAUGUGCACAUUGCAACAUUUGCAACCCACUUGCACCUUUUUUUUAUUUUAGCGAUGACGACAAAAAGGAAAUAAAAGCUACCAUAAUAUUAUGCCAUCGGUACGAGUACGAAGUAAAAAUACCUAUGUAAUCAUGAUAUUGAAAAUGUAUUAAGGUAAUUAAUUACAAAUGAUAAUUUAAAAUACAUAAUUUUUAUCUGGGCUCUAAUUAGCUAAGUAUUUGACUGUUGAAUAUUCUUACAGCAGAAAUACGAAAUGUUGAAAAUAAUAUGUUGUAUUUAGGUAAAGUACUUACCUAGUCAUGGGUGCAUUUUACGUCUACAAAAAAACCGGUUCCGUGAUUUUAGAGUUGUUAUAAGUAUUUUAAUAAAUGGAUUCGUGUCAGUAACAGAAUCGUUAUAUCACCAAGAGUAUAAAUAACUAUCUUUAUGAAAUAUACAAGAACAAUUUGGAUACAAUUUCGAAGAUAUCAGAUUUUGUUAAACUGACCUAGAUUCAUUGCGUUGAGUCUAGAUAAUUGUUCAAGUAAUUCAAGUAGAAACGAGGAAAUUGAGGUACAAAACAGUUUGUUACAAAGAUUCAAAGAUAUAGUCAGUAGUCAUUAAGUGUUUUUCCAGCAUUUAAUUGUUUGUGACUAGAUUGAAUUUCCUUAUGAAAUUCUCUCGAGUUAAGUGUUUUUGGAAGAGGGAAAAAAUAAUAUAUUUUUCCAUUGUUGUAAUUUGUUAAAUGCAGUUACAUUGGAUACAGAAUAAGUACCUAUGUAGAUAAAAUAUGUAAUAACCGAAACUGUGGUAAAAAGAGUGCAAAUAGCAAUUAUCGAGUCUUGGUUCAUAAGUCAUAAGAAUUUUUAGUCUGUGAAACAAAAUAACGGAAAUAAAACCCUAUAUUUGUAUACCUAGUUAUGCUCUAAAUAUGUACAUGUAAGUUGUAUCUAACUUUUUUAAACUGAUUUUGAACCAAUGCAAAAACACCCGGAGUUGUAUUUUUACACGUUACUUUCUAUCAGAUAUGUAUUCGGUAACUAAAUACCUAGAGAUAACUAAGUAAGUACCUAGAUAGUUUUGUUAGUUGGUGUAUUUCUCAUUUUGGCCUUUGAGGCUGGAACCAAAGUCAUUAUUUUACAAAAUUAAUCGAUAUUCAUUUUGUAUGACUAUAGCAGUCAAUUCUGUAUUAAUUACGUGGUAUUAUUUUUUGUAUCGAGUAAUUAGUCGUAGAUACCGGUAAUAAAAAAAAAACUAGGUAAGUAUGUUAGAUUGUGUAGGUAAUACCUAGGUAGUUAUUUUUGUAUGAUUUUCGAAUGAAAAAUACCUAAAUUUUUGUUGUAAAUUACUUAUAUUUACAAAUGUUUCAUGUUAUUUCGAUACUAUACAAAUGUACAGUCAUUUAUUAGGAACCUACGUUUUCGUAUAUAAGAUCCAUAAAUAUUAUAAGCUUUUGCUAGGUUAAAAAAUUUAAGGUUCCAUGUUAUUUAUAGAGAAUAAAUAUAAAUAUUUUUCCGUAUUUUCA